CGUCACUUCCGGGGCUUUAAAAAAGGGAGAAAAAAAAGGAAAAGGAGAAAGAUCCGCGGUGCCACCACAGCGCCCGGCUGGCACUGCGUGUCACAGCGUGUCACUGCGUGUCACUGCGUGUCACUGCGUGUCACAGCGCUGCUGGGAACAUGGGGCCUCAGCACGCGGCAUCCGCACUUUGCCUCUGUCUGAUCGUGGCCAGCGCCGCCGCCGAGGGACUCGGAAAGGGUUUUGGAGAUCACAUUCACUGGAGAACAUUAGAGGAUGGGAAGAAAGAGGCAGCAGCCAGUGGUUUGCCUCUUAUGAUUAUCAUCCACAAGUCUUGGUGUGGAGCUUGCAAAGCUUUGAAGCCAAAGUUUGCUGAGUCUAAGGAGAUCUCUGAGCUUGCUCAUAAUUUUGUAAUGGUCAACCUUGAGGAUGAUGAAGAGCCAAAGGAUGAAGCCUUCAGUCCCGAUGGAGGUUACAUCCCCAGAAUCCUUUUCAUGGAUCCCAGUGGAAAAGUCCACCCAGAAAUCAUAAAUGAGAAAGGAAACCCCAGCUACAAGUAUUUCUAUACCAAUGCUGAUCAAGUUAUUCAAGGGAUGAAGGAGGCCCAGGAGAAGCUGACAGGUGAUGCUUUCAAACAAAAACACCUGGAAGAUGAGCUAUAAUGAAAACACCCAGUUAUGCUUUUCCAUCACUUCAGUACUCUCAAAGGAAACAGUUAAACAGACCAAGAAUGUAAAUGCACUGGAGGGACUUAAUUCUCCUGUCAAUAAUGUUAGGUUAAACCCUGUUUGGAGUUCACACACAUGCAUCAGUUACAGUGUUAUCUCCUCCUCUGCCUGGCAGUGUGUACUAUAAUGGUUAUUUGCCACUAGGUAAUGGCAGACACAUCAAUUAGUGUGUUUGAGCAACUGUUGAUGUUUGAUGUUAAAGGGAGGCUUGUAGGGCAAAACACUCAUUUGGAGACAAACAGCAUAAUUGGGAUAAUUGGAAGUAGCCAGCAUUUUCACACUUAAUCAGGGGUGGGUCUCUCUUUUCUCACUGGUAUUAUACGAUCCCAUUGUUUAUACUGGGGGUUCCUACUAUGGGGCAUGUUCCUGGGCCCAGUGUUUUCUAGACCUCCCGAGCCAUGAAUUCUGCCACUAAGCCAAGUAGAAUAAAUUUCAUCAAUGUUCAAGUAGCAUGUGAAGUCAUGAGCUCUGCAAACAUGUUUUUAUGUAAGAUUCUGUGUGAUUCAUCUUGAUUUGCCUCCGGGCAGAAAUUGAACUUCUUCCUUGUGCACUCACCUUUAGAUUGUUUCAUCAAGUGAAGGUGGGUUAUGUUGAAACAUUAUGGGGAAUUCCCUUUUAUUCUUUGAAUGUUUUCUGGUGAAUGCCUUGCCAUCACAUUGUACUGUAUUUUUGUACCAGGCUGAAGAAUUAAAACUUUUUAAACAUAA